AUGGCAGCGGCCCGCGCUGGCGGUAACGACGGCCGAGUCGGCGAUGCUGCUCUGUUGUGGGUUAUUAAGAGUCAUUUCAAGUCGAGUGCCAUUCUGGGGAUGGAUACUGAAGCCAUCGAGCAGCGAGAGGGAAGGAUCGGACCACGUGCUGCUGAACGGGGGCAGCUCACGAACCGCAAGCAGAGCGAGCUGCUUGCUGAAACGCCGGCCUCGCACGCAGCCGAACCCCGGCUCUGCACACCCACGGUGGAGAUCGCGAGCGGCGACGCUGGCGGGCACGGCGGACACCCCUUCGUCCUGGUUCGCGUUGUAGCAUUGACGCGGGUUCAGGGUUGGAGCGCGCUGUGCAGAGUGUUGGAGCAAGAUGUGGUUCUCCAGUCUAUUGACCGUGCCAUCGAGGCUGUGCACAACGCGGCAAUGAAGAAUGGGGGAAAGUACAACCUGGAGCAGAGAGAUGUCCUCCAAAAACUCAUCCAUCACCGGAAGGAGACCGUGUCCCGCAAAGGCCACUCUCCCACCCCGCAGGGGAUGGUUAUGACGCAGUCCUCCAGCGAUCACCACCUGGACGUGGCCCGGCAGCCCAACGGGGUGUGCCGGACAGGAUACGAGCGGCAUCACAGUCUUCCAAACACCGAGUUUGAGGAGGAGGAUGAAGGUCUCUACCAGAUCCCACCACAGCCCCGGCGUGCUGCUCCUAUCACCCCCCCACCUCCAGAGAAACGCAAGAACACGCAGAUUGCGGCUCCUGUUAAAAACGCUAUUGAAAUUAUCCCUGGGUCAGCUUCUAGCGCCUCCUCUAUAAGCACGACAUCCCUGGAUACCUUGUACACCGCUUCUUCUGCGUCAGAGGCUGCUCUCCCGACGGCCACCUCCAGUCCUGCCAACACCCCACCCCCUGUCCCGAGCCGGAGCGUCCACACCACGAUAACACGUAAUUUGGAUGCCGGCUCUGUGGCCCACUCCCGCUACGGGACUUCCUCAAAGGAUGGGGCCAGCAAAUCUCCCCAGACCAAGAGGGCUGCCCCAGCACCGCCGGCUGAAGGAGGAACCCAGAGGUCCCACACUGUGGACGGGGAGAAGACUUCUCAGGUGAAGAAAGCUGCCCCGGCCCCCCCUGCAAGCCUGGAUGCCUUCAACUCCCUCUGCCUGGAGGAUAAGAAGGCGGCCGUGGUGGAGCCGGUGCCACCAGAACCCAGUGGUCUGGUGGCAUCCGUGCCCAAGACGAUAGGCGCCGAACUGAUCGAGCUGGUGCGCAGGAACACCCACCUCAGCUACGAGCUGUCCCGUGUGGCCAUCGGCGUGGUCAUCGGCCACAUCCAGACCUCCAUUCCAGCAACCAGCAGCAUCAUGGAGCAGAUUCUCAUCUCUGUGGUGGAGAGUAAGAAUCUGAGUGCAGGGCUGCCCUCGGGACAGAUCUGCCACGACGAGCAGCGGCUGGAGGUGAUCUUCGCAGACCUGGCCAGGCACAAGGACGAUGCUCAGCAGCGCAGCUGGGCGCUCUACGAGGAUGAGAACGUCAUCUGCUGCUACCUGGAGGAGCUGCUUCGCAUCCUGACAGAUGCAGACCCAGAAGUUUGCAAGAAAAUGUGCAAGAAGAAUGAGUUUGAAUCCGUCCUGUCCCUCGUGGCGUAUUAUCAGAUGGAACACAGGGUGCCGUUACGGCUGCUGCUGUUGAAGUGCUUUGGAGCCAUGUGCAACUUGGAUGCUGCAGUCAUCUCAACGCUUGUAAACUCCGUGCUGCCGAUGGAGCUGGCCCGGGACAUGCAGACUCACACGCAAGAUCAUCAGAAGAUGUGCUACUCCGCACUGGUGCUGGCGAUGAUGUUCUCCAUGGGGGAGCCCCUGCCAUACCAUCACUAUGAACACCUCAACCCUCAGUUUGUGCAGUUCCUGCUGGAUGUGAUUGAGGACGGGCUGCCCUCGGACACCACUGACCAGCUGCCUGACUUAUUUGUCAACGUCCUUCUCGCCUUCAAUCUCCACAUUCCAGUUCCAGAACACAGUGUGAUCAUGACUACCAUAAGCAAGCACUCGAAUGUCAAGACUUUCACUGAAAAGCUGCUGCUGCUGCUGAACAGGGGAGAUGAUCCAGUUUGUAUCUUCAAGCAUCAGCCUCAGCCGCCGCACUCAGUGCUGAAGUUUCUGCAGGACAUCUUUGCCAGCAAGGAUACGGCCAGCAUCUUCUACCACACGGACAUGAUGGUCCUGAUAGACAUCCUGGUGCGGCAGAUUGCUGAUCUCUCCCCGGGAGAUAAGCUGAGGAUGGAGUAUCUGUCUCUGAUGCACGCCAUCAUCCGCUCCACACCCUAUCUGCAGCACCAGCACCGCCUCUCCGACCUGCAGGGCAUCUUGCAGCGCAUCCUGGGGGAGGAGGAGGAGGGCCAGCAGUGCCAGAUGGACAAACUGAUCAUCUUGGAGAUUUAUAAGGAGUUCCCAGAAAUCUCUCCCGGUACCAGCUAA